AUCGACUUUACGACACUGCGUUGGUUCAGUUUUUCAUGUCCCUCGUGACGCAGCAAUGUAGUGAAGACUUUCUGCCAGUUUACAUGAGAACUGAAUGUAAAAUACUCAUUUCCUCAACCAAUCAUGUAAUGCUUUGAAAACGUCGAGCAUGUUCGUACAAAAUAGGCGCGUAAACUGUAUUAUCUGAAUUAUUCAUGUUCCGGUGACUGUGCAGGACUAAAUCAUGAUAACAACAUUUAGCAUCGACAGAUCGUAUAAUACUCUUUUAUACUUAAUAUUAUGGAGGGUGAUUUCUGUAUUUCUUGUGCAAACGGCACACGUACCUGAUGAAUAUUGGCAAUCGCUGGAAGUGGCUCAUCGGCUUGCAUUUGGAUAUGGAUAUUUAACGUGGGAAUGGGAAGCAAGAAUACGUAGCUAUAUUUAUCCUUUUGUAAUAUCUAUUUUAUAUUGGUUAUUGGCAUUGUUACAUUUAGAUUAUGUGACGAUGCUUACAACAACACCUAGAUUACUACAUGCUAUUCUUAGUGGUUAUGCAGAUUAUCGAUUUUAUUUAUGGACUGGUAGCAAAUGGGCUCUUUUUAGUCUUUGCACAAAUUGGUAUUGGUAUUAUUGUGCAACAAGAACUAUAAUUAACAGCGUUGAAACUGCACUUACCAUUAUAGCUUUAUCAAUGUUCCCAUGGCCAAACAGUCAGAACCGUAGCAGUAAUUUUCUUUGGAUUAUUGCAGUUUUAUGUGCUACUCGACCUACAGCAGCGAUCGUAUGGAUACCAUUAUGCCUGUAUCAUUUGUUCAUAAAUCUAAAAAGUAAACCAAGCCUAAUUCUACAAUACAUUCUCAUAGGUGGCACUGUUCUAUUGGUAUCUACUUUAGUGGAUACAUUAUGUUAUGGACAAUUUGUGAUAUCACCAUGGGAAUUCUUCCGCAUUAAUGUUCUUAAUAACGUUGGAGAUUUUUAUGGGACACACAGAACAUUAUGGUACCUUACAUCUGCUUUGCCAGUUUUACUUGGUUUACACUGUCUCACACUUCCAAUUGCUAUUUGGCAAGUUAUUAAACACUUUACACACUUGCAUCAAGGUGCACUAAUUAUAGUUGUGAUCGGAUGGACUGUUUCCAUUUACUCAAUACUUUCACAUAAAGAAUUUAGAUUUAUAUUACCAGUUUUACCUAUGCUUAUUUAUUUAUGUACGUGCGGCACGUUGCUCAAUUAUAGAAUAAGUGAAUCCAAACGUAAAAUAUUUCUAGCAUUAUUUAUAAUAAGUAAUCUUUUACCUGGUGUAUACUUUUCUCUAGUCCAUCAGCGCGGUGCUUUGGAUGUAAUGAAAGUUAUGCGUCUGGAAUUUGCUACUAACAAUAAUACUGAUACUGAUAUACUUUUUUUAACACCAUGUCACGCUACUCCACUCUAUAGUCAUUUGCAUAAGGAUAUAUCUAUCAGAUUCUUAACGUGUGAACCAAAUUUAGGAGCCUCCAAUGAUUAUGUUGACGAGACGAAAUUAUUUUUUGCGCAUCCCAUGCUCUGGUUAAAUAAUAAUUAUAUAAUGAAACGAGGUGCUCCUUUGCCACAUUAUUUGAUAAUGUACGAUAAUCUUGCAUCCCGAAUAGUGCCAUUUUUAAGGGAUUAUAGACCCAUCGUUAAAGUAUUCGACUCUCAUUUCCCACAGCCCAACUACGGAGAAUAUAUAAUUGUAUAUAAACGAAAAUUUAGCGAAAAGGGUAGAACAAAAUCGUUGCUUUAAAUAAGUAUAAUAUAUUUUUAUCGAAUUUCAAAGAGCAUUUAUGUUUGUUGAGGUACCCGUGGUUAUAUCAUUUGGUUAAUUUUAUUCGUGAAUGUAUUUUUUUAUUUUCGAAAAUCACGAAGUUGCCGUGAAACAAAAUUUAUUGACUGAUAGAAAUAAGUAUUUUUAACGCUAUUGUAAUUAUUACCUACAAUAUACAAACUUAAGAGAACAAUAAAUGCGUAUAAUAUUUUUUAAAGGUAACGAAAUUUACACUUUUAAUAAUAAAUUUGCUUAGUCAACUUCUGACGAUAAAAAACCUUACGCUGAUCUUCGGUUACUUCGUUUUCGAACACUUUGGAAAAUCAAAAGAAAACGUUGUCCAUUUACAGCAAAACGUGAAUCCGAGGAAAAUCCCGUUUUGAUGACAUGGUCGUCUUCCAGUGAUUUAUAUUGUGAUAUCACUUCCAGUUGAAGCUGUACUUCAACCCAUUACAGAUAGUAUAGAUUACUGUACCAAAUAAGAUUUUUUUAGUAAAUAUAAUUGUAAUUACUUUCCAUGGCCGAAACCUUAAUCCAUGGCCUUGCACUGAUAGUACACAUAACACCAGAUUAAGAGAAUUACACUAUAGGGAGCGAUAACAGAAUUUCAAAUCGUAACUUAUUAUUUUAUCAUGUUUAUACAAUACUAAAAGUUAAUAUUAAGUUAUGAUUUUGAUGUUAAUUAUAUAAUUACUUUGAUUGCACAUAAAUCUGUCGAUCCAAGUGCUUUAAUAAUAUAAUUAUUUCAAACUA